AUGUCGGCAACCAUCGAGGCACAGGUGCCCCAGUUGAUUGCCUGGCUCAACGAUAAUGGUUUCUGGCGCGAAGACCUCGUCGUCCAGCAACUGCGGCUCGGCGGGCUCGGUGUCUUCGGCCAGUUCGACGACGGCGACCCCUUAGUGCUUAGAAUUCCCAAACUGAACGUGCUCAGUGCCAAGACUAGUGGUAUAUACAACUUGUUGUAUGAUUACGAGCCGGAAAUCGACGAUGUUGACUUUAAACUGGGGAUGUUCCCUUUAAUAAUUGCCACCAUUUAUGAAGUAUCUGCUGGUCCUAAGCUGCCGUGGGCGGGCUAUUUGAGCCUGGUUGACUUUGCUCAUUCUGAUGUCCCCAUCUGUCUUUGGAGCGACGCCGAUAAGGCCAAUUUGGCCAACACUGAAGUGGACUUGAUGGGGGUGUUGAACCCUCAGGAAUUGAUGCAAUUCUUCGACGAAGCCCGUCGGUUUGCUAAUGAAAUCAAAAUUCACGUGCCUGUACCUUCAGUUCUCUCAGGAGUGGGUCAAUUGGUGGAAUUUUCCAAAUACGUCCAGGGAGUGGUAUCGCGAGCAUUUGUUGUUGACGACCAUUUAGGGCUCGCCCUCGUGCCUGGUGCCGAUCUCUUUAACCAUCUCAGUCCGGUGAUUGUCGAUGGUAAGCCUCAGGCCCGGGAAAACGUCCAUUUCGUGUGUGAUAACGACGUGUGUGAAGUGUGUGGUGAGCGGGAGUGCAACCACGGCGACGUCGAGGAGGAUGACGAGGAAAUGGACGUAGAUCAGUUAAUGGAAGAAUUGAAGGAUGAAGUUGACGAUGAUGAGAUCUAUGAUGAUGAUAACGACGACGCUAAUGAUGAUGAUGAUGAUGACGUCGAAAAUGAUAAUGAAGGCGACGAAAUUGAUGAUGACGAAGCCGAUGAGGAUGAAACUGAUGACAGUGAUGAAGGCGAUGAUGAUGAAGGUGAUGAAGGUGAUGAUGAUGAAAUUGGUAAUGAGGAAAUGGAAGAGGUGGAGGAGUUAACGGAAAUUACGGAAGAGGUGAUUAAAGCGUUUGAAGCGGAACAAGAAGAGGACGACGAUACCGAUUGUGAUGACGACGAAGCCCUGACCAUCGACCAGGUACAAAUCUCGUCUCACGACUACGAUUUGGCGCGUGAAUUGAGUGAUGACUCUAAGUGUUGCGAUUUAGUACUUCAACUGUUACCGUCAGCUGACCACGAAUUCGAAGUGUUUAACACUUAUGGCAAUGACUUAAGUAAUGCCUACUUGCUUCAGCGGUACGGGUUCGUCUGUCCCGGUAACGCCAAUGACGGCAUUUCUUUAGGGGUGCCAUUAAUCAAGUUGGUGAAGCUGAAACGGGCGGAACUGAAGAUGGAAUGGCUUGACGACGUGUUUGAACUCGUAUGUGAAUUGAUCCAUCAGAAACAACACGAAAACGAGCCACAAAAUGAGGUCAAUGGCCACAACGACCAAGAACACGAACACUCUGAAAAUGGCUGUGCUGAUGGCUGUAACGAAGGAGACAAUUGUGGCGAUGGUUGUGGCGAUGAAGACGAUUGUGGAGACCACGGGUUCCUGCCGGAUCUGUGGCAAGUGUCCGCUCGUAUUGGGGCUGACGGCACUGUAUCUCCUCACACUUACGUCAUCCUUCGACUCAUAGACUUACCGGAAAAGGUAUUCAAGUAUAAGCUUGCCAGAGUGCAAAAGGAGCGGGUGCUUGCGCUGCGGAUUUCGAGAUUAUUGAUGAACGCUGACAGCAAUGAUAACUCCAAAUACGAUGGAGUUAUCAAGACGUGGUGUCAGCAGAGACUUGCGGCGUACCCGGAGCUUAAACUGAGCGACCAUGCUGAGGUGAUUGGCGAGCUUGUAAAGGGGGAAAAGGCGAUUUUAACUAGGUUUAUUGGGGCAUAG